GAUGGCUGUGGCCUCGUUUUUCUAUGCAGCGCUGGAUCUUUAAAGCACAAGGCUUGAUGCAUUCUGUAAAGCAUUGCGCUGUCUGUAGAUAGCUGACGCUGUGUGUGGGCGGAGUGCUGAGUACCGGUUUGCAGAGAGUGUUUCAGAGCGAGGAGCUGUCCAUACAUACAUCCACGUAUGUGACUGUUGCAUUUUAGCAUUCGUUAAAUUAGUGUUAAACUUUACAGAACGUAAACAAUCACACACGGAGACCCAUUUAAGUGUCAUAUCAUUGGCAAUUGACAACAAUCUAGUCUUCAUCUUGGACUCGAAAAUAUAUAGGAAGCAUCCUGGGCUGAGGUGUGCUUUCAUAUCGAAGAUUUUUUUCAGACAGAAACAUACGUGGCCGUACGGUAAAGGAAAUAUAAUCUCCUUUGCAAAAGGUUAUCUCCGUCGCACAAAUGAAGAGCGCGUAGACCACCAUUGAACAACCACGAUUCAGCUGAUGAUGAGGGCUGAAAGCUCUUUUGCUGAGACCAGGAUUCCUUCAUGCCAGACGUAUUUAAUUCUGGGUUAUUGAAGGACUGAGAACAUCAGCAGAGAUGUCAAAGAGAAGCCGUGGGAAGGGCGAAAAGCCUGAGGCGCUAAUAGAUGCCCUACAGUCUGCCAAUGAGGAACUCAGGACUAAACUGACAGACAUUCAGAUUGAGUUCCAGCAAGAGAAAGGCAAGGUAGCCAAGCUGAGGGAGAAGCUGCAGGAGGCCAAACAAAGCCGAGAGCUGGAGCAGCACAAGCACACAGUCCUGGUGACGGACUUAAAGGCCAAACUCCAUGAGGAGAAGAUGAAGGACCUGCAGGCAGUGCGGGAGGUCCUGAUCAAGCAGCACGAACAGGAGCUGACCCGCAUCAUCAAGAUCCGGGACAGCGAGCUCCACCGCAUGCAGUCCCUGGUCAACGUGCUGCGGGACGGGGCGGCCGACAAGGUGAAGACGGCCCUGCUGAGCGAGGCCCGGGAGGAGGCCCGUCGCACCUUCGACAGCGAGCGCACCAAACUGCAGCAGGAGAACCUGGAACUGAGGUCGGCCAAGAAGCAGAUGGAGGAGACUUUGAAUAACAUCAUGCAGGCAGAUAAAGCCAAAGCUGCCGACCUGAGGACGGCCUACCAGUCGCAUCAGGAGGAGACGAACCGGAUAAAGCGGGACUGUGAGAGGGAAAUACGCAGGCUGAUGGAUGAGAUCAAAAGCAAGGAAAGGGUGAUUCUGGCUGCGGAGAAGGAGCUUGGUGUCCAGGCCGGCUACACUCAGAAGCUGCUCCUGCAGAAGGAGGCUCUGGGUGAGCAGCUGGUGCAGGUGAAGGAGGCUGAGCGACAUCACGGCAGUCCCAAGCGAGAGCUUCCUCCGAUGCUGGGAGACUCCCCAGACUUCACACUGAGCCAGCAGCUGGAUGAGAGAGAUCUGCGGAGGUUCCAGUUGAAAAUCGCGGAGCUGAACGCAGUCAUUCGCAAACUGGAGGACAGGAAUACACUGCUCGCUGAUGAAAGGAACGAGCUGCUGAAGCGGGUUCGAGAGACAGAGAGUCAGAUGAAGCCGCUGUUUGAAAAGACCAAGAGGCUGUCCAAGAAGAACGAAGACCUUCUGCAGUCUCUACAGCGCAUGGAGGAGAAGUUAAAGAAUCUGACGCGGGAGCAUGCCCAAAUGAAAGAAAAAUUACACGCGCAGACACAAACUGCUCUGAGGAGGCCGAGCUCUCUCAACGAUCUGAACCAGACCCACGAGGAACAGGAAGUGGAAUUCCUCAAGCUGCAGGUCAUAGAGCAGCAAAACAUGAUAGAUGACUUAUCCAUGGAAAGAGACAGAUUAAUGCGAUGCAAGAAAACCAAAAGGAAAAGCAUCAAGCUGCCAAAGAGGCAUGUUGUGGAGACAUAUUUUGGAUUUGACGAAGAGUCGGUGGAUUCCGAGACCUCCUCCUUGACUUCCUACAACACAGACCGAACAGACAGGACUCCGGUAUCUCCAGAAGACAACCUGGAUGAAGGUAUAUUGAGAGAAGAAUCAGAGCUGCGGUUUAGACAGCUGACAAGGGAGUACCAGGCACUGCAGAGGGCCUACGCUCUGCUUCAAGAGCAAGUUGGGGGGACACUGGACGCUGAGCGGGAAGCUAGGACCCGUGAGCAGCUGCAGGUGGAUCUAAUAAGAUACCAGGGGAAAAUAGAAGACCUUGAGAGAUCCCUGGCAGAGAGGGGGCAGGACUCCAAAUGGGUGGAGGAAAAACAACACCUCAUCAAAACAAACCAGGAGCUCUUAGAGAAGAUCAUGAAAUUAGAGGGGGAAGAGGGCCGGCUGAGGAACGAGAUGCAGGAUUCAAAGGACCAGAACGAACUGUUAGAGUUCCGAGUCCUUGAGCUUGAAGAACGGGAGCGCAGGUCACCGGCUUUUAAUCUUCAUAUUGGAGCCUUUUCCGAGAACAACGGCAGUGCUCUCCAGCUCCACUGUCACCAAGAAGGGAUAAAGGAUGUUGUCAUUCCGGACCUCAUGAAGAAGCUUGAUAUACUUGGAGAUAAUGGAAACCUGAGAAAUGAAGAACAAGUUGCAGUAAUACAAGCAGGGACCGUGCUGUCACUCUGUGAAAAGUGGUUAAAACAAAUUGACAGUACAGAGGCGGCACUCACUCAGAAGAUGAUAGAUCUGGAGAAUGAGAAGGAGUUAUUUGGUAAACAGAAGGGCUAUCUGGAGGAAGAGCUGGAUUACAGGAAACAGGCCCUGGACCAGGCCUAUGUGAAAAUCCAGGAGUUGGAGGCCACACUGUAUACUGCUCUGCAGCAGGACCCAGGCAACAGAGUGAGUGAGUCUUUGACAGAGAAGCAAAAGGAGGAGCUGAGAAUAGCGGUGGAAAAGCUGAGGAGACAGAUACUGAGGCAGAGCCGAGAGUUUGACAGUCAGAUCUUACAGGAGCGCAUGGAGCUUUUGCAACAAGCGCAGCAGAGAAUAAGAGAACUGGAAGAUAAGAUAGAAUUCCAGAAAAGACACAUUAAGGAAAUAGAAGAAAAGCUUUUAUUCUGUGGCCCUGAAGACACCAAAAACUCUAGAGAACAGGCACUAAAAAGACCUUGUGGAGCAUAAAAAUGAGCCGAAUGUACAAUAUGGAAAGCACAUUCAAGUACGACAAGAAGCAAUCAAUUGGAAAGUAAACAGAGAACACCCAAUCACACAAAAUACGGA